UGUUUCAUUCUACCGCGUUUGCGAUCUCACUCUUCUCGCGCUCACACACACGUUUGGCUGGCGUCGAACGUUUGAAUUCGAAUCGAAGAAACAAGAAACGAAGAAGCCGCCUUAUCGUUGAGAAACCGUUGAAUUGGUCAAACAAACUGAUACAAACCCCCAGUUAAUCUAACAAAUUCAAGAUGAGUGAAGAUACUGUUCGUGUUGCUGUACGUAUCCGACCUUUAGUAAAGAAUGAAAUAGACAAAGGAUGUCAAGCAUGCUUAGAUGUUGUUCCUGGAGAACAACAAAUAGUAGUACGUAACACAGAUAAAAGCUUUACGUUUAAUUAUGUCUUCCCUCCUGAUGUUAAUCAGGAAGACUUUUAUGAAACAGCUAUCAAAGGAAUGGUGGAAAAUAUUUUUAAAGGAUAUAAUGUAACUAUAUUAGCUUAUGGCCAAACAGGAAGUGGUAAAACUCAUUCGAUGGGUACAAAUUAUAUUGAAACAGAAGACACAGGUGUAAUACCAAGAGCACUGCAUGAUAUAUUUGAGAUAAUUCAAUUAAAAAACGAUUGGAACUUUAAGGUUGUAGUCUCGUUCAUGGAACUUUACCAAGAGCAGUUGUAUGAUCUCUUGGCUGACAAACAAAGGAAUGAAUCUAUUGUUGACAUCAGAGAUGAUGGUAAAAACGUUAAAGUUUCUGGGGUUGUAGAAAAAGAGGUUGAAAAUGCAUCGGAAGCAUUACAAUGCUUAACUCAAGGAUCCCAAGGUCGUGUGACUGGUGCUACGGCUAUGAAUGCUCAAAGCAGCCGUAGUCAUGCUAUAUUUACGAUAUGUAUAUAUCAACAGAAGCAAGAUGACCCUAAUACAGCAACAACAGCUAAAUUUCAUUUAGUGGAUUUAGCUGGAUCUGAGAGAAGUAAAAAAACCCAAGCAACAGGAGAACGAUUUAAAGAAGGUGUUAAUAUAAAUAAAGGUUUAUUAGCAUUGGGAAAUGUUAUUUCUCAAUUAGGAGAGGGAGGUUGUACGUCUUACGUUAGUUAUCGGGAUAGUAAACUCACGAGGUUGUUGCAAGAUUCUCUCGGUGGUAAUUCCAUGACUCUCAUGAUAGCGUGUGUGAGUCCAGCAGAUUAUAACUUAGAUGAAACUCUUAGUACAUUGAGGUAUGCAGAUAGAGCUAGGAAAAUAAAGAAUAAACCAAUAAUCAAUCAAGAUCCAAAAUUAUUAGAAAUAAACAAAUUGAACAAGCUCGUACAAGAAUUGAGACUUGCUUUGGUAGAUCAAGAAAUUAGGAUCUCCUGUCCAUUAGAGCAUCAAGAACUUCAAGAGAAGAAUCAGGCUUUGCAAAAGAAAAUUAGAGACCUGACUGAAAAACUUAAUGAAAAUCUAAUUGAAAUUGUAGUUAUGCAUGAAAGAGCAGAAUUAGCUGAACAGAGUAGAGAAAAGAUUCAGGCUGAUAUGUUGAAGAUAUUAGAAGUGUGUAAAGAGAUAUUAAAUGACUUUGAUAAUAAUCCUGAAUCAUAUGCUGGACAUCGCGCGAAAAUAGAAGCUCUAUAUUUAAAAAUUCUCGAUAUAGACAAAGAUCACAAGAAGAAAUCAGAAGAACUCAUACAUUGUGGACUGACAUCUUCUGAUUCUGAUAUAUUUACGAAAGACGGUGAAGAAGAAAUGCAUGUGGAUUCGGGAAACUCUGUAAGUCAGGACAGCAUUGAUGAUAUCGAUGAAAAGCAAGAGGAACAUACUUUACUUCAAGUGAAAAGGAAUGACAAAGUGCAAGACAUUAAUAAAGAACUAGCUAUUAAAGAAAGCCUCAUGUGUCAACUCCUACAAAAUUCUGCGCAAUUAAUCGAUUACUCCAAAGAAAUACAAGACAUGGAGCAGGAAAUAAAAACACUUCAAAACGAAAGAGAAGAACUAUUGCAAGCAUUACAAAAUGUUCAGACAAGUAAUGCAAGUUCAAAAUUGGCGGAAUCCCGUCGUAAGAAAGUACAAGAAUUAGAGAAAAAAAUAUCAGAAUUAAAACGCAAGAUCGUAGAGCAAGAUAGAAUAGUUAAAACGAAAGAGAAACAAGAUCAACAGAUAAAACAAUUGUCUAAGGAAAUGAAUUCAUUGAAACAGACUAGAGUCAAAUUAAUUAGACAAAUGAGAAAUGAAUCCGAUAAAUUUACAAAAUGGAAGGGAUCCAAGGAGAAAGAACUGAAUAGACUGAAAGAUCAGAAUAGAAAACAGGUGAAUGAAGUAACACGUUUGAAAAUGUGCUAUUCUAAACAAGAAAAUGUAUUCAGAAGAAAAAUGCAAGAAGCAUUUGCAGUUAACAAGAGAUUGAAGGAUGCUCUCGAUUUGCAAAAAAAAGUAGCAGCUACGAAAAAAGCUAAACUAAAUAAUAAUUUAGAUAGAAUAAAAACCUGGCUAGAUCAAGAAUUACAGAUAUUAGUCAGUACCGUAGAUGCAGAAUACUCUUUAGAAAAAUUAAUGCAAGAGAGGGCAUCGCUCGCAGUUACACUACAGGAAUUGCAGGACUCUGGUGAUGAAGAAAAGAUAGCCGAGCUUUCUGAGUUCUUAGACCUACGUAAUACACAAAUUACUGAUCUUCAGCAAAAAAUAGUUCAAUCAGAUCAGGACAAUAGGAAAAAUACGAGGUGGCAAUCAAUCCAUACGAUGGAGGAAGCAAAAUCUGCACUUAAAAUAUUAUUUAAACAAACUGCAGAGGAUAGACGGAAACAAUGUGCACGGGAAUUUGACUAUAAUGAGUUGCUGGAAAAAUAUGAAAUGCUGCAAGCACAAAUGGAGGAGUAUAAAUUGAAAGAGAAAGAAAGGCGCAUUUCAAAACAAUUGGAAUUAAAUAAAAUGAUAAACCGAGUUGCGGAAAUUGACGAUGAUGAGACAAUGAAAUCGAAAAAAGACGUUCAGACUCUAGAACAAACAGUUUUAAUGGAAGUACAGAAUAAAAAUGAAAUAUCGAAAUCGAAAAUUAGGAGGCAAACGAAAGUUACAGACCUAAUUGAUGAAAACACGUUUCCUGACUCAGACGGGAGUCAAAUUUAUGAUGACGAUGUCGAGAAGGAUCCAGACUGGACGCGCACACCUCUUUACAAUCGAAUGCGAAAAUUUUGGAAUACAUCAAAGAACACUUCCUCUGAACGAUCUACGCUGAAACGAUCAUCGGAUGGUGAUAUAAAAUGUAAUUGUAAAACAAAAUGUGCAACUCGUCUUUGCUCAUGUCGCAAAAAUAAAGAGAUAUGUAAUAGUAAUUGUGGCUGCAUUCCUGAAGUUUGCAAAAACAAAGAUAUAAAGAAUCUACGCGAAACAAUAUUUGAUUUUGGCGAAAUACAAAAUGAAGCUGAAUCAAUAAAGAAACAAAGACUGUCCGAGGAGGAACAGAUGAGUAUCGGGCCAUAAAUAUAAUUUUUGGUCAAUAAAAUAGCGUCCUUUAACAAUAAGNAUUUUGUAUAUUAACUUGUAAAUUUCAUUAAUUUUAUAACUUGUAAAUUAUAUGAAUUUCAUCACUUUAAAACUUAUGAAUUUUAAUCCAUCGACACUUUAUGAAUGCCAUUACUUUAAAAUUUAUGGAUAACAAUCAAUCGACACAUAAUUGUUGUAUGUAUAGUGUAUGAACGGUCACUAUAUUUAUAUGUAUAAUAAUAAGUAAAAUAUUUUGUUAUAGUAUAAAAUAAAUACAUAUGAAAUAAAUA